CGGAGGAACUUCAGCGGAGCGCUCCCUCUUCCCAAACAACAUCCAGCCGCAGAGCAGCCUCCUUCCUCCAGCUCUGUUUACUUUAACCUUUCUGCCCCAGUUGGACCUACUUGUUCGGAUAACCCCUCUCUUCCAGCCGGGUAUGAAACCAUAGUAGAGCCGCGACGCAGCCGGAGCACCGAGAAGCGGACUCCUCUCUCGCCUCCUGCCGCCUCCUCCUGCUGGAGCUGGAGAGAUGCCCGGGGCAGGAUGUGCUCCAGCCGCAAGAUCCUGUGGAGCCUGCUCCUGCUGUCCGUGGUGGAGGUGGGCUUGGGUGUGGCGAGCAUCGUCCUGGGAGCCGUGGGCAUCAGCUGGGUCCGGGGCGAGCACAAGCCGCAGCAGGGCGACGCGUCCCCGGUGUGGAGCGGACUCUGUUUUCUGGUCUGUGGGAUGUGUGGAGUGCUGUGUGCUCGCAAGAGGACGGGUCUUAUUAUGAUCCUGUUUUCAGCAUGCUGUAUCUGCGGUCUGAUUGGUGGGAUCCUCAACUUCCAGUUUGUUCGGGCACUGAACAAACGACCUGACUCCAUGCAGUCAAUCCAUCUGGCUGCCAUGACUCUGGCCUGUCUGGGGAUCUCUUCCUGUACCUUAUCCACGUGGCUUACCUGUCGCCUGGCCAGCUCCGAGCAGCAGAGGAUGUUCCUGGAGAGGGAGCACUCGCUGCACCACUCGCACGAAAUGACUGAGAAGGAGAUCCUUGACAACUCCAGUAACGGCAUUCCUCAGAUCUCCUACAACGGACACACCACAGCGUCACCAUGACAACGUGUCACCAAAUGCGACUUGCACACACUUAAAUAGAGACGGUUCACAAAUCGCUUGCUAUCAGGCAACAAAUACAGCAUGUACUUCUUUCUACACAUCCUGCGGCAUACGCAGUGUCUAUAUCCUGACCGCAGGGAGCGAAACCAGGGACGCCUUUUCUGGGCCGCUGGAGUAAAAGAAGGACAUUUUGACAACAAGGGGAAGGUGUUUGUGCUUCUGAACAGUUAUGCAAACACGGGUUCAAACCCCCUCUGAUCAACUCAAACCAAAGCCGCGAGGGAGAGCUGCCGUUUGGGUCAUGAUUCAGGUGACAAACAUCUGCGUGACAUCAUCUGACCUUUAAACUAAUAAGCAGGAUAUUUUAUAAUGCAAUGAGAUGCCUCAAUGUGAUGAGCACAAACAGAGCAUGCAGCUGAUUCACUUGAAGAGCUACUGCUAUUUCAGACUCAGUGUCUUUAUUCUCUCUCUCUGUCUUGUUAAGGAUUUAUGGAAUGCAGAUCUUGGGAUAGCCCACAGUAAACUGUAUGUAUCGUCCGAUAAUGGAAUGCUUUGAUAUGAAAUACAGUGAUGCGCAAUGUACUGUACCAUAUAUCUAUGCUUGUAUAUCAGGAAUCUAGUCGUACCUAUAAAUCAAACAUAU